GCCAGUCAGUCGAUACAAGAAACCACAGCAGCGGAGGAAUCCACAAAUUAAGUCCCGUGGAAAAGAGUGUAACAGCUGAAAGCGAAGGACGCGAAUCGAUGGCCACGACGACGACGACGAUGACGCUGGCGACUCUGGAGCUGGACUACUUCAGGGCGGUUUCCCUCUACCGCCGCCGCUCCUACGAGCGCUGUGCGGAGCUGUGCAACGCACUCCUGCAGGCCGGUCACGAUGGGCAUGUCCAACUGUUUGCCACCAAGGAGGAGGAGGAGGUGGUGGACCCAAAGCAGCAGCAGCAGCAGCAGGCGGAGCACAGCAGAUUCGGUAGCAAUUUGCAGCGCAUUGGCCCCAGGCCGCGAGGAGCAGCUGGGGCAGCCGACUCUGGGGCAUCCAUCAUGAUGCCCACUUGGCUGAUGGAGGGCGUGUGGCAAUUAAAGAUGCGCGCCCUGACGCAGCGCGUCUACCUGGACGAUCUGGAGGACGAGGCCGGGGAUGAGGCCACCGAGGAGGUGGAGUUCGAGCGCAUAGCCACCGCUGCUCGACCGGGAAGCAGCAUAAAGACCGCCUUCCAGCCACGCCCCCUCACCAGUCAGCGGGCGCAGCAGGCGAGGAGCAGGGGUUCCGGCGUGGCCCACUCCAGCGAUGGUCGCCUGAAUAGCUCCAGGCCAGGAUCGGCGGCGGUGGCUCGUCCUGGCACGAGUCUCAGUCGACCAGGAUCUUCUCUAGGUUCCCGAUGCGGCACCGCCUCAAGAAUUCGCGCCACCUCGGCAGCGGCCUUCAAUGUGGGUGAUGCCACCUCAAAACUCUACCAGGCAUCCCGUCUCAAUCCUACCAUUUAUGCCGAACGGGAGACCCUGGUGAAGGCCCUGUUCCAGUUCCUCUACUACCACGAAGCGGAUGUGCAAAAGGCACACUCCCUUUGCCAAGCGGUUCUGGAGGUCCAGCGCCAGAAGCCCAGUGGGUCCAGUGCAUCCAACGUGGCCUGGUGGUGGCAACAGCAGAUGGGCCGAUGUCUCCUGGCUCUCCACUAUCCCCGCAGAGCGGAGCCCUUUCUUCAGCAAUCCCUGGCCAGCUUUCCUCAUCCGGAUACCUAUCUACUCCUUUCCAGAGUUUACCAAAGAAGUAAGCAACCGGAGAAGGCUUUGUUCGUGAUCAGCGAAGUGGUGGACACGCGGCCCUUCGAUGUCACCUACCGCCUGGAGCAGGCGAGGAUCCACCAGGCCAUGGAACAGCAGGAAGAUGCACUGCAGCUGUACAGACUGGUGGCCAAGUUGCAGCCAAUCAAUGUGGAAUCCCUGGCCAGCAUUGCCGUGGGCUACUUCUACGACAAUAAUCCGGAAAUGGCGCUGAUGUACUACCGGAGAAUUUUGUCUUUGGGAGCCCAGUCUCCGGAGCUCUACUGCAAUAUAGCAUUGUGCUGUCUAUAUGGUGGACAAAUCGAUUUGGUUCUGCCGUGUUUCCAAAGAGCCUUGGCCAUGGCCACUCAACCCGCGCAAAAGGCGGACAUCUGGUAUAAUCUCAGCUUUGUAGCGGUGACUUCUGGUGACUUCAACCUAGCCAGAAGAUGCCUUCAAUUAUGCCUAACUUCGGAUGCCCAGAAUGGUGCUGCACUGAAUAACUUGGCUGUACUGGCAGCCCAAUCAGGGGAUAUUUUGGGGGCCAAGUCCUAUCUGAAUGCAGCCAAGGAUGUGAUGCCCGAGGCCUCUGAGGUCACCACCAAUUUGCAGUUCAUGGAUGUGCACUACAAGCUAUAGAUCUGGUUUAGUUAAA